AUGGAUUCUGAGGACGAUCUUCAUUACUCCACCGACGUUGAAUCCGUCGACGAUGAUUGCGAUUUCUACAGCGGUGAAAUGGACAUGGGUAUGGGUUAUUACACCGAUGAUGAUGACCCUGAUGCUGAGGAUUUCGUCGACGACGAUACCGAUGAUUACUUCGAGUCCCGCCGCCGCGAGCAAAAUUAUACAAUACUAAAUGAGUCAGAUAUAAGACAACGCCAAGAGGAUGACAUUACAAGAAUUUCUUCUGUACUUUCUAUAUCACGCGUAGCUGCCAUUGUCUUACUCCGCCACUUCAAUUGGAGUGUUACUAAAGUCCACGAUGAAUGGUUUGCCGAUGAAACUCGAGUAAGGAAGCAAGUUGGCUUGUUGGAAGCACCUGUUGUACAUGUCCUAAAUGCUAGAGAUCGAACCUGUGGAAUCUGUUUUGAGUCGUAUCCAAAUAGUAGGAUCAAGUCAGCUGCCUGUGGUCAUCCUUUCUGUGCCUUCUGCUGGGAAGGCUACAUUAGCACAUCAAUUAAUGACGGUCCUGGAUGUCUGUCGUUGAGAUGUCCUGAUCCUUCUUGUGGUGCUGUGGUUGAUCAAGACAUGAUUAAUUCAUUGGCCUCCAGUGAAGACAGGAAGAAAUAUGCUCGUUAUCUUCUUAGGUCUUAUGUUGAAGACAACAAAAAGACUAAAUGGUGCCCAGCGCCUGGUUGUGAGUAUGCUGUUCUCUUUGAUGCUGGCAAUGGAAAUUAUGAUGUUUCUUGCUUCUGCACAUAUGGCUUCUGCUGGAAAUGCACGGAAGAAGCUCACCGUCCUGUAGAUUGUGCUACUGUGGAAAAAUGGAUUUUAAAGAACAGUGCCGAGUCUGAAAAUAUGAACUGGAUAUUGGCUAAUUCCAAGCCUUGUCCAAAGUGCAAGCGGCCAAUUGAGAAAAAUCAAGGGUGCAUGCACAUGACUUGCACACCUCCGUGUAAAUUUGAAUUUUGCUGGCUAUGUCUUGGUGCAUGGUCUGAUCAUGGUGAAAGAACUGGUGGUUUCUAUGCUUGCAACCGAUAUGAGGUAGCUAAGCAAGAUGGUGUGUAUGAUGAGGCUGAGAAAAGAAGAGAAAUGGCAAAGAAUUCUUUGGAGAGAUACACUCACUAUUAUGAACGUUGGGCAAGCAAUCAAACAUCUAGGCAAAAAGCAAUAGCAGAUUUGCAUCAAAUGCAGAAUGUGCAUAUUGAGAAGCUCAGUGAUAUACACUGCACUCCUGAAUCUCAGCUAAAGUUCAUAACAGAGGCUUGGUUACAGAUAAUUGAAUGCAGACGAGUUUUGAAAUGGACUUAUGCAUAUGGUUAUUACCUGCCGGAACAGGAGCAUGCCAAGAGACAGUUUUUUGAAUAUUUGCAAGGUGAGGCCGAGUCUGGAUUAGAAAGGCUUCAUCAAUGCGCCGAAAAGGAACUACUCCAGUUCCUUAAUGCAGAAGGUCCAUCAAAAGAAUUUAAUGACUUCCGCACAAAGCUUGCUGGUCUGACCAGUGUUACUCGAAAUUACUUUGAGAACCUGGUUAGAGCAUUAGAGAAUGGGCUUUCAGAUGUAAACUCUCACGGAGCAAGCAGCGGCACAACGAGCUCAAAAAACACAGCAGGAAGUAGUAAAGGAGGGAGAAGCGGACGAGGUAAGGGAGUGAAUCGAACUGCUAGUUCGACCAGAAGUGGCGACAAUGGCACUCAUUGGUCAUGUGAACACUGUACCUUUGUGAACACUAGAUCUGCUACCACGUGCGAGAUGUGCCAUCAACGCCAUUGAAAACCUCUGGUUUCAAUCAAAGUAGAGUAAGAGAGUAAUCAACAACGACGAGAAACAGAAUGAUUUGGUGGGUUUGCGAACCCUUUUUUUUAUGUGUUGAUUAUUUGAAAAAGGAGAAAAAAAGGAAGAUAAAAAAGGACUGCUGUGAUGAUGAUUGGAAAACAGCAGGGGAUGGAUGGUGUGUGUUGAGAGAGGGAAAUGUCAAAUAUGAUCUCAAUGUAAAUAGUUGGCAGUAUAAAUUAACAAAUUUGUGUUGUCCAAAAAUGUGGCUUUCACUUGCUGGUUUAUAAAUGUCUCGUACAAAUACAGGUGGGAGAUUAUAACUACUAGUGUUGAAAUAAUGCAUUAAAGUUUCUAUCAUGCCCAA